AUGUCCAGUAGCAUCACAGACCUCGAGUUCCAGACCUUCUACGUCGUAAUCAAGCUUCUCGACGCCGUCUAUCCAAAUGGCAAAUUGUACGUUUCCCACGGCUUGAGCACUGAAAGGGAUUCUUACCGGUAUCGUGCCGCUGUAGUAGAGUCAAAAAUAGAGUCUUCGGGUAGUGUCAAGAGACGACUACUCUCGCAGGUCGAAACAGCCAAAACUCGGAUUGGUGUUCUAGAAGCCGUGCGGAAGAGGCUUGAGGAAAUCGCGUCCUGGAGACUCGACGUGAUCAUAAGCGACAAGGAAAGAGAUGAUGUGGAAGAAAACGAACGGAAGAGGAAGAACUUGAUGGGUAUAGUCGCAGAGCUAGUCUCAAGGAAAGAAGGCAGGCCGUGCUCGAUUCGAGGUACGCUGCUCAACAGCAUCCAGAAAGACUUGUUUUCCCUCACCGUCGGUUCUACAUCGAUUCGAUGGAAGAUUCCGAUCGAUGAUCUUGUCCGCAAAUUCACGAACAUCUCGGCCAGCUCUUCGGAAGCCUCUACCGUCUAUAAUCCAGUACAGGUCCUGAAAUCGAUAUCUCUCGACGACCCAACGUUGGGCGGAAUUGAAGGCAUUGGCAAAAUUCCGCUCCCCAACAAUCUCAGGGCACAGAAGACUGCGAGUCGACUCGCCAAACAAGAACGCUGUCGUAGUGUCGAGAGUCAAGCGGAAGAAGAGCGGUUGCAGGUCAACGAUCCGGUCACUCUUCCGAAUCAACUGGAUGAGAUCAUUGGCCGCGUCUUGAAAGAUUUCAAGGUCAUCAUAGUGCUUGUGCUGUAG